AUGCGAGGAGGUGGAUGGGCUAUCCUCGGCAUCUUCUUCCUCCUCAGAUCGUCCGCCGCAGCGUCCGAUGCCCAGUCUGGGUAUGAGACGAGUAGGAGCUUCAUUGACGUGGAGGGAGGACCGGGUUCGGUCGUUUGGGUGGUGCAGCUCUCCGAUCUCCACUUCAGCGUCUUCCACCCGGCGAGGGCCGUUGACUUCAGCCAACUGGUCGGCCCUGCUCUCGCUACGAUCAAGCCUUCCCUCGUCCUGAUAACUGGCGACCUCACAGGUAUUUCUGGAUUGUCGUUCUGCUGUUUUCAUGUUAUAUAUCUUCCUCGUGAUGCUCAUCAUAUCAGAUUUCGAUUAAGGUUGCCUUAUCAAAUAGGCAUCAAUGUUGGUCCACACCCUAGACGUUUUGAUGAAUGUGAAUAUCAAAGAAUUGGUUGGACAUUAAGGAGUUCGCGGUAGCUGGGCCAAUGUAUGGAGUGCUCCUUUUGCAUGCUUCAGGGAUAGGGCUUAUGAUCAGAGAAAUAUGUGAGUCGUCUUCUCCUUUCUAAUGAAAACCCUCAAUUGAACUACGUAUUUUCAUGAUAAAUGAGGAAAUGUUGCCGCGGAUCGCAAUCAGCUAAAUGGAAAUCUGUGCACAAGGGAUUGGUUCAUUUGUGGCGCAUGCCUAUGCAGUUGUUAGGAUCAUACGGUUGGAGACAGAACGCAAGACGUCCUCCAUGGGAAGUACAGCUAUUUAAGUGGUGUGUGUGUGUAUAUGUUAAUAUAUAUAGAUCUGGGAUAUUCCGUCUGUUAAUAGUUGAGGGAGAGAAUAUCGAAAAAGGUAUUUGAACUAUGGAGGAAUGGAAUCAAGUGAAAGCGUUGUGAAAUCUGAAAAUCCAGAGUCGACCGUUUUUCUUUUUCUGAUGUGGAUAGAAAUACAUUUUAUUGCAUGAUGAACAUAAAAAAUAAUUCAAUCACACUUUUAAUCGACAUUGAAUGUGAUAUCUUGAUGACCAGCUGGGGAGAUGAUACUUGUUCUAGAGAACUUCGGCAUCAAUAGAGAUGUAAAGAUGACAUUCCAACACGAUGCACCAUCACUUGUACCAGAGGCCCUUGGCUUUUUGGGCUUGGAAAGUAGAAAUCUUUAGCUUUUCUUAGCUUCUUAAUGGGAUUUUACAAUAUCCUCAUAUUUUUCUUUCACUGCAGCUUCUAACUGCGCAUUGUUCUAGAAAAUCCUAGCCUUUUUUUUGAUAAUUUCAAUAUUACAUUUUUUGUCUGUGGACUCUAGAUUAAAAACUCCUAACAGAAACGUUCUAUAUUCUUUCUUUCUUUUUCUACUAGAUGGGAAAAGCAAAGACCUACUCACAAUGAAGCAAAACGAGGUAGAAUGGCUAGAGUACCAAAAAGUAAUGAUUGAUGUCAUAGAAAGGAGUGGACUUGACGAGAAAAUCUUCUAUGAUCUCAGAGGGAAUCAUGAUAACUUUGGUGUGCCAGAAUUCGGGGGUGAAUACGAUUUCUAUCAGAAAUACAGUGUCAAUGCCAGACUCGGACGUAGAGGAAAUGUUCAUAGUGUCUCUUUACAUGUAAGGCAUCUCUUCAUGACCGCUGACCUCAAUUUUUAUGGCUUAAAUCUUCAUGCCUUCUUCAUAUAGAAUAGCACUGAGGAGAUGUGCCCUCAAUUAUUCCUCCAUUAAACUUGAUUUAUUUUUAGUAAUUAAGUUUGAGCAGAAUGAACAUCUAUAUGUCAUCAUACAGCUUGAGUUUGGAUCUCAAUCGUAGUCAGAUAAUAGGCUCCUCCUGUCUCUCCUCUCGUCUCAUUUUCUUCAAUUUUGUAUACAUUAAUCAUUUGAGCUUGUGCAUGCAGAAAAAUGGAAGGAAACACCUGUUUGUUGGCUUUGACAGCACAAUGGAAGUCGGCCUUCGUGGCCCAACAAAUCUAUUUGGGCAUCCCACGGACCAACUCCUUAAAGCUGUAGACUCAGAGCUCUCACAGUGGGACUCAGAUUUUACGGAAUCACCUGUCACGAAGAUCGCCUUUGGUCACUUUCCUCUGUCUUUUUCCUCGGUUUCAGAUUCUGGGAGGAGUCUGAAAGAAGUUUUUCUGAAGCAUUCUUUAGCGGCAUAUCUAUGCGGCCAUCUCCAUGCAAGGUUUGGUGAGAACUUAAAGCGCCACCAUUACUCUGAUCGUCAUUUUCUAGGGAACUAUUAUCAGUUAAAUAUCUUCAGAGACUCUCUAGUAAGCAAUGCUGAUGGGCAAAAUUGCUCCAUGGUUUAUAAACCUGCUGAAGAAUUUUGGGAGUGGGAGAUGGGUGACUGGAGGAGGAGAAGAAAAAUGCGCAUUUUAGCAAUUGAUGCUGGCCACGUGUCAUAUCUGGAUGUUGACCUCACCCCAGAAUCUACAAAGACAAUUAUCUUGCCGACGUUUCCAGUGGACUCCAGGUUCAUGCAGAGAAGUUCAUCUUACCGUGAUUACAUCUGUCACUCUCUCGGAACCUCAUCAUCCUAUGAAAUGAUCAGAGCUUUGGUCUUCUCUGCCACCAGGAUCCGAUCAGUUUCUUUGAAAAUAUAUGACUCCAACCCUGGGAAGCUCUACCUGGUACUAGACUCAGAGAUGAAGAAGGAAUAUUACAAUGAGACUAGGGGAGAUCUGUACACUGCACAGUGGAAUUGGAAAGCCUUUACUGACCCCUCUCCAGUCCGGUAUUGGAUCCAGGUAGAGGCUGUUGAUGUGACUGGGAUUUCCAGUUUUAGUGAGUUGAGGCCAUUUUCUAUUAAUGGCCUCACUGCAAAAGUUGAUUGGAAAUGGAAGGAGUUUAUAUUUAUGGGUUGUCAAUGGGGGUCAAUCUACCAACUGAUUCUCCCUUUCACUCUUCUCAUUCUCUUCGGCCUGCUGCUCAUCCCUCAAGCAUUUCUCAUUUGUUUUAAGAAUCGGUACUCAUAUAACCACAUUGUCUGUAGCUUCAGUGAGAGAAAAGUUAAACUCUUUCUCUUAGAUGGAUUGAUAUGGGUCCUUGUAGAACUUUGUAGAAAGAAAAUUAUUUGGUCUGCUACAUUGCUUUACUUGCUUCAUCUGACCUUCUUCCCUUGGUUCUCCGGGCACAUCUUUACUGCUCCUGGCCACCUCGGGUACAUGACUCACAGAGGCUGGGAUAUCAGAAUCUCCAAGGAAAGCAUCAAGAAAGCAUAUAUAGGAUCACCCGAUGUGAUGGUUAUUGUAUUGCCGCAUCUCUGCUUUGUCAUCCUGCCGUCAAUCCUACUUAUGGCUACAUUAGCAGCAGAGAAGUCAGCAUAUCAUGUCUACUGCUUGUCUUUAUCAGGCAAAAAGUUAGAUGAUUAUGAUGAGACAGGGGAACACGGAGACGGCACCAGCACCAACAGAAGAAGAAAUAUCUGGGAAAGACGAAUAAUCAGGAAAUUUCUCUUGUUACUCUGUCUGGCAAUCCUGUGGAGACAUUGGAAGGUAACCCUUGUGUUCCUACUCUUCUUCCUUUGAAUUGGACCGUACAACUCCAAAAUCUGUUGGCCUUGGCUGUCAACAUCAGGCCAGAAAUGGCACCCACUGUGCUGAAACAAAACUGUAGGCUCUGAAAACAUAUGAAAGAAUCAAACCAUUCUUCUCAAAAUCAAUUGACACUGAACCUGCGAAACGUCAGAUCAUCCAAUUCAAAACUGAUUCCAAAUGCGAAAAUGCCCAGAUAUUUUUCACCUUUAGGGUUCAUUUGUCCUUUUAGUGUGACGUUAUUUAUCAUUUAUCAUUUAUCAUUUAUGUUAUAGUUUUUCUCUUUCUGGUAGCAGUUUGCAUUUCUUCGCCAGUCAAAAUUGAUUCCCAAAGACUUUGCUCAUGCCAUAAUAAUUUCCAUUCUAUUUUUCUUUUACAGAGUUGCAGAUCCUUAGUGAAGGCAUACGACAUGAACCCACUGGUUCAUUCCUUCACAUAUUGCUUCACCAUCCCUCUAUUACUGGCUGGUGCAGCGUAUAAAACUUCAUGA